ACGGACGGACCGACGGACGGCGGCGCCCGGGCGGUGACUGCGCGUCCGUCCGGCCGCAUCAGGAAACCCAACACCGGCGCGGGGGGGACAAAGGCUGCGCUGUCCCCUCCUGCGGCGCGGCUAUAAAACCUCCCGAAAGCUCCCCAAAGCUCCCGAAGCCCUCGAAACCUCCCGGGGGCCGCGACCUGCCCGCAGCCAGGGCCCCGGGCUGGUGGCGUGUCCGGUGCCAUGGCAGCGGCGGAGGCGCCCGAGCCGAGCGAGCCGAGCGAGCUGACCGAGCUGGAGGCGGCCAUCGAGCGCAUCGUCACCGUGUUUGUCACCUUCGCCGCCAAGGAGGGCAAGAAGGGGACGCUGACGGCCGGCGAGUUCAAGGAGCUGGUGCGGCUCCAGCUGCCCAACCUGAUGAAGGACGUGCCCUCCCUGGAGGAGAAGAUGAGCGAGCUGGACGUGAACAACGACGAGGAGCUGAGAUUUGGGGAGUACUGGCGGCUGAUCGGGGAGCUGGCCAAGGCCAUGCGCAGGGACAAAGCGGGCAAGAAGUGACGGCGCCGCUGCGGAGACUCAAAUAAAGAGGUUUCCCUGAG